AUAUAUUCAGUCACCGAGCAGCACAGCGGCUCCUUCACCCAGUCUGUGGAAAACAUGGCGCUGUUAACGCCUCUGUUCGCUUUCCUUUAUCAUCUACCGCAGGUUUAUAAAUGGCUGCUGAAGCCUUAUUAUGUCGCGUCUUUGUUCAUGUCUCUGGCGUUCUUGAUGGUGCGGAAAACUCCGGGGAUCUGUGAACAUCUCUCGACGCAGAGGGAGGACGGAAACCCCUGCGACUUCGACUGGAGAGAGGUGGAGAUAUUGAUGUUUCUAAGCGCUAUAGUCAUGAUGAAGAACAGGAGAGCGAUAACGGUCGAACAGCACGUGGGGAACAUCAUCCUCUUCUCUAAGGUGGCCAACGUGAUCCUGUUCUUCAGACUGGAUAUUCGGAUGGGACUGCUCUACCUGACUCUGUGCAUCGUGUUGCUCAUGACCUGCAAGCCUCCGCUCUACAUGGGCCCAGAGUACAUCAAGUACUUCAGUGACAAGACCAUAGACGAAGAGCUGGAGAGAGACGGUCGGGUGACCUGGAUCGUCGAGUUCUUCGCUAACUGGUCUACCGAGUGCCAGUCGUUUGCAUCCGUCUACGCUGAUCUGUCCCUGAAGUACAACUGUGCCGGACUCAAGUUCGGAAAAGUGGACGUCGGGCGCUACAGCGAGGUGUCCAAGAGGUACAAGGUGAGCACGUCUCCUCUGUCCAAGCAGCUGCCCACGCUGGUUCUCUUUCAGGGAGGCGAAGAGGUCAUGAGGCGCCCUCAAGUGGACAAGAAAGGAAGAGCAGUCUCCUGGAGCUUCACUGAGGAGAACAUCAUCAGAGAGUUUAACCUGAACGAGCUGUACCAGAAGUCGAAGAAGCUGAACAAGACGAAGGGAGAGAGGGGCGACAAACCCGAAUCUCAGUUCCCCCCGGUGCCCGAGGAGGAGGAACCUGAAGCUGAAGUGCAGGAGCAGGACACGGAGAGCAAGAAGGACAAAUAAAGAGAGGACUGGAGCAUCA